AUAUAAAUAUAUAAAAAAGGUUGUCGUGAUGCGAUGAAGCUCUAUGAAAAUGGCUGAGCAUCUCGAAAGUUAACAGAGGUGAUUAAAAUUGUGAAGAGUGAAGAUGUCAGAUUAUAAUUUCCCACUUUCGAACAAAGUUGCUCUGGUAACAGGAUCUUCGAGGGGCAUUGGAAAAGGCAUCGCCUUGGAACUUGCUCGUCGUGGCGCUACGGUAAUCUUGACAUACGUGUCGCAAGGCAGUGAGGUCCUUGCUAGAGAAGUCUGCCGAACGAUCGAGGCUCUUCCCCAUAAGCCUCGUUCCCACGCUAUUCGAGUCGACCUGAGCACUCUCGAUGGAGCUCGGUCACUCAUAGGUGGUCUCCUAGAGUGGAGCGAAGGCAAGCUCAAAAUCGACAUACUUGUCAAUAAUGCAGGGAUAGAAAAGGCGAUGUCCCUGGCAGAAGUGACGAUCGACGACUACAACGACGUGUACAAUCUGAACAUACGCGGGACGAUACUAUUGACUCAGGCAAUCCUACCAUACUUGAAUAGCAAUGGUCGCAUCAUUAAUAUAGGCUCGGUUGCUGCAAGAACCCCCUUCAAAAAUUUCAGCUUGUACUGUUCUUCGAAAGCUGCACUUGAGGGAUUGACCCGAGUUUGGGCUGCCGAGUUGGGUGGCAACGGAACUACAGUCAACUGUGUCGAGCCGGGACCAGUCCAGAGUGACAUGCUCGACGACAUCCCAAAGGAUAUCGUGAAUCUUCAAAAGAUCCUCACGCCUAUCGGGAACAGGAUAGGGACGGUCGACGAAGUAUCAAACAUAGUGGCUAGUCUUGCCAGUAAAGAUGGCGCUUGGAUUACUGGACAAACCAUCAGUGCGAGCGGAGGGUUUUCGAUGUACUAAGGUGGACUUAAUCCCUAUGGGAUAGCCUAACCUACCUCCUAACCUACCUAGUAGGACCUAGGCAGGUAGGUAGGAUCUGGUAGGCACCUAAGACUUUAAGUGCCCGCCAAUGGAUAUUGGGAGCCAACUGAGUAUUGUGUGAUGGG